CGCUGCCCGCUUCAGCGUCAGCCGGAAGUGCUUGCCACUCCAGGCAGAGGGCUUCCGGUGGGUCUGCAGGGUAAUCAGGAGCCGGCAUGGCGGCCCCCUUGGCCGGGAAAAAGAUCGUGUUUGUCACGGGGAACGCCAAGAAGCUGGAGGAGGUCAUUCAGAUUCUGGGAGAUAAGUUUCCAUGCACUUUGGUGGCACAGAAAAUUGACCUGCCGGAGUACCAGGGGGAGCCUGAUGAGAUUUCCAUACAGAAGUGCCAGGAGGCAGCUCGCCAGGUGCAGGGCCCUGUACUGGUGGAGGACACCUGUCUGUGCUUCAAUGCCCUCGGGGGCCUCCCUGGCCCCUACAUAAAGUGGUUUCUGGAGAAGUUAAAGCCUGAAGGUCUCUACCAGCUCCUGGCUGGGUUCGAGGACAAGUCUGCCUAUGCGCUCUGUACGUUCGCACUCAGCACCGGGGAUCCCACCGAGCCAGUGCGCCUGUUCAGGGGUCGGACCUCGGGCCGGAUCGUGGUGCCCCGAGGCUGCCGAGACUUCGGCUGGGAUCCCUGCUUUCAGCCUGAUGGAUAUGAGCAGACGUAUGCGGAGAUGCCCAAGGCGGAGAAGAACGCCAUCUCCCAUCGCUUCCGGGCCUUGCUCGAGCUGCAGAAAUACUUCGGCAGCCUCGCUCCUCUGACAGCUGGUGAUGAUCGCCCCGGCCGGGGAGCUGGGGAAGGCUAGCCGUCCAAGUACGGCCUUCAGGGUCACCACUUCCUAGGGGGGUUGAGACAGCCUCACCAGCCCUGUUUGGAGGAGCAGCUGGCUCCGCUUGGAGAAACUUGGGGCAGGCAACACUAUUCUCUUGCCCUCAGGGCUUCAAGGGUUCCUCCUGGCCUGGGAUCCUGAAAGGACCUGGGAUGUUAAACUGGACAUGUUAGGACCGGGGGUUUGGGAAGGACCGCACAAAUCACCCUCGAUGUUUUAAAGUGGCAGGAAUAAAAAUGCUGGAAGGCACUCACCUCCAGAAUAAACUGGAUUUAUCAGCUUGGAAACUUGC